AUGUCUUCCCUAUUUGCUCGACAAGACCCCAACCCCGAGCUCUGUGUCCAAUAUGCCAGCUUUGCUUCUCAUCUGGUACGAUGGCAGUUCAAGAUUAUCUACUGGAUCAUGUUUGUGUCCAAUCUGCUAGUCCUGUUCAUCGCUUCUUGGACCUAUAUUCGAGCUCAAGCAGCAACCGAAAAGCUAGCUCAUAACCCUUCGGCUCGAAUCAAACGUAUACGGCAAUCUGUUUUCAUGUGUCUUGGAUGUGUCACUGUGUCAACCGUCAUCGUUGUCAUGGAGGCGUAUAGCAUCCUAGCCCUACAAUUUUGCGAUGGCGAGGAUCUUAUUUCUUUGUAUUGGUCUACAUGGACUAUGAUCCAAGUCGGAUCCUUGAUUGCCAUGAUUGGAAUUAUCCUUGCUCUGGCCCACACUCUUCGAGGACGACAGCAUCCACCAUGGGCUCUUGCUCUCGGUACACCAGUUCUUGUCAUUGCUGGUUUCCUUCAUCUCUUCCACGACUUCACCAAGAAGAGAAUCAAGAACCAUCGUCGUCGCAAGAAUCACUUUGACGAUAUGAUGGGUCCUCCCAUGAGCCAAGCUAACACAAUCUCGGUCAAUCCCGACGAAGAGAUGGACGAUGAUGAGUACAAAGCUCAAGUUAUCGGACUUACUUUUGAUGGCGGCCCUAUUAUUCACUUCAUCGAUGCCGUCCCCGAAACUCUUCCCGAGCAUGCUCAACUACUGGGAUACUGCCCCAAGAGCAAGCCCAUCGUCAUGUGCAAGCGAGAAGCUAUUCAGUUUCUCAUGGAUUCUCCAGCCCAAGUUCCACCUUCGGCUUCUCCUUAUCGCAAGGGUAGUCGAUAG